UUGCCGGGCUGACCGAGGUUGAAGGCCUGAAGGUGGGUCCCGGGGCCACGCUGGAGCCUGCGCUCGCGAUCCUGCCGAUGGGUUGGAGCUGGGCCAUGCACAUCGCCCAGUCCGUGCUGCUGAACUCGCUGGGCGACACUGGCAUCGAUGGGCCGCACCUCGUCGUGGACGGCAGCCCCGCCUCCCCGCUCGACGAUGUCUUCGGGUUUCGCGUGGCUGGUUAUGCAGACAACUUCGUCGUUGUCGGCCAGGGCCCGGUUCUCGCGGGCUCGACGGUCUCCCGAAUUCGCUCGCGUCUGGAACGCAAGGGCCCCGUCGAUCACGAGCUGGAGCCCGCCUCGAAAGACUCUGCCUUCAUGGGGUCAGAGUUGAAUUCGGGGGCUAGGCUAUCUAUCAAGCGCCGUGGCCUCUGGAGGCUGCGCCUCGCCAUAGAAGAGAUCCUCCGGCGGGAGUUGUGGAGGCUCCGAUGCGCCCCCCCGCUGUUCACCGCGCGGCUGGGCGCCUCGUGGCGCGACCGAGCGCGCGCCUCCGACGCGCCCCUAUUUGGCCUCGGCGUCUCUGUCCGGCGCACUUCCUGCGAGGCAGCGGGCGCCGUCGGCAGAUGCUCGGAGCGGUGGCGCUAUGAAGUCGAGGAACACACUCGCCCUCGCGAGGCUGCUCUUGCUGCGUCCUCGGCGCCCCCCGGCCUCGACCCUGCAGAGCCCUUCCCGUGCGACGCCACCUGCCUUGAGCAGGCUGCCCGCGCUUUCGACGAAGUUCCAGGCCGCGCCCGCUCUAAGUUCCUGAGGCCCUCCCUCACCGAGAUCGCCUGCCUGGCCCUGGCCACCGGUUGUCGCAUCGUGGUUCGUUGGGCCCCUGCCGAGACGAACGUGAGCGACGCGCCUUCCCGAGGGCGUUAUGGCUGGUUGACUGGCGCCGGGCGCAUCAGAUCCUACCAACCCGCCAGGCAGAGCGAUGCCGGAGGCAUGGGCCGCCUGGGGCCAGCCCCGGAGGCUGGCUGCGCGCCGUCGCGAGGGCGGAGGCGGCGCGCACCACCGCUGACGCGGCUGCCGCCCCCCGGGGCGGCGAUGGGUGCCAUCGCGGGCGCGCUCAUCCACUGGCCCCUGCUCCGAGCCGCGGUGCUCGCGGCCCUGGGCCACGUGUGCUACUUGAGGCCGCAGGAGAUUAUGCAAAUACGAGGUCGGCACCUUGUCGCUCCAGCUGCAGCUGCCGGGCCAGCGCGCCACUUCUGGUCCACCCUGCUUCGCGACUCGGCCCUGCUGCAGGCGGGGGAGGCAGGCGUGCGCGACGACGCGGUCGUCGUGGACCUGGGCGCGCGGCUGAACCCCGCCCUGCAGCGCAUCCGUUCGCACCUGAAGCCCGACGAGCUCGUGAUGGACCUGGACUUCUCGCGCUGCCGGAAGGCCCUCGUCGACGCGGCGAACCUCCUCGGCCUCCGCGCGCUCGAGCCGCGCCCUUGCCAGCUGCGGCGCGGCGGAGCGUCGGGGGACCUGGCCCUCGGGGGGCGGUCAGCCGAGCAGGUCCGCCUCCGGGGGCGCUGGGCGACCUUUGUCUCCGUGAAGCGGCACGCCAAGGACGCGAGGCUCCUCGAGACCAUGGGCUCAGUGGCGCCAGACGCGUUCACCUACGGGUUAACCUGGCUCUCGAGGCGCAAGCAAAUCGGCGAGCACAUCAAGGGUCUGCUAGCUGCCGAGCUGCGCCGCGCCCCCCGUCUGCGACGUUUUGCGUUCUUGGAGCUGUUUGCUGGAGACGGGCACCUGAGCGCGGCCCUAAAGGCUGCCAGCUACGCUGUCGUGUCCCUCGACGUUCGCAACGGGGGCCUGGAGGGCCACCCGCAUCCGGGCUACUGGAGCGUUAUUCGUGGGUGGUUGCAGGGCGGGGUCAUUGUCGGCGUCUGGCUAGGCACUCCGCGCGCUGCGUGGUCCAGGGCCCUCCGGAAACCGCUCAGAUCCAUCGCGGCCCCCAUGGGGCUUGACGGCCUCAACCCCUCUGAGCUCAACAG